AUGCUGCGCCACUCGCACACCAUCCACGCCAAACUAACACCUCCAACGUGUCGGACCUCUUUAUUUUCAUCCACUUGCUUAAACUACAGCUCCCCAGUGACCGUCAACAUGUGGUGGAUCUGCGUGGGUCUCCUCGCUGCUCUUUUCCCCGUCGUCGUCCCUCAGGAGACUCAGGAGCCUAUCUCUUACUCGUGCACUGAAGGUUAUGAGUACGACAGUGUGAGAGAGCAGUGCAAAGACAUCGACGAGUGCGCCCUGCUUGACGACGCCUGCAAAGGAGGCAUGCAGUGCAUCAACCACUUCGGCGGCUACUUGUGCCUCCCCAAGAGCGCCGUCAUCGUCAUCAGCAAGGAGGGUGAGGAGAUGCCACCCCAAGAGCCCGCCGCCCCGGUGCCGGCCGUGCCGCCCAGCCAGCCGCAGCAGCCUGCGCGGGUGUUCCCGGGCGGCCGGGUCUCUCACACCGGCAGGAUGACGGUCCGCUGCUCCGCCGGCUUCGUGGCGGACGAGCAGAACGUCUGCAGAGAUGUCAACGAAUGCGACACACAGAAUCCAUGUCAGCACCACUGCUACAACCUGAUUGGCUCCUUCUUGUGCCAGUGCGACCAGGGCCAUGAGCUGGCCCCGGACUUGGUCUCCUGUCAAGACAUUAACGAAUGUAGCUUCUCCAGCUACAUGUGUCAGUACCAGUGCAUCAACAGUCCGGGGAGUUACUCGUGCGAGUGCCCUGAGGGAUACCAGCUGCAGGGCAACCGGUUGUGUCAAGACGUGAACGAGUGCGAGACGGGCACACACAACUGCCAAGAUGAUGAGAUGUGCUGGAACUAUUACGGUGGUUUCCGCUGUUAUCCCAGAAACCCCUGCGAGGCGCCUUACACCCAAUCCUCGGAAAACCGCUGCAUCUGCCGCUCUCAGACCGAGUGCCAAGGCCUGCCGCCGUCCAUCGUCUACAAGUACAUGAGCAUCCAGGCCGAGCGGCCCGUGCCCGCCGACAUCUUCCAGAUCCAAGCCACCAGCACCUACGUCAACACGCAGAACACCUUCCGGAUCAAAGCCGGGAAUGAGGCGGGGGACUUCUUCCUCCGGCGUUCCAGCAACGUGAGCGCCAUGCUGGUGCUCACCAAGCCUCUGUCGGGCCCCAGGGAGUACGUGGUGGACCUGGAGAUGAUCACGCACCACCUGAUCAUGAACUACCGCUCCAGCUCCCUGCUGAGGCUCACCAUCAUCGUCGGGGCGUACGCCUUCUAAACAUCCACCGUACGAACGCAGCCAAUGUCUGUCUCCGCGUAGCAUACUGUACAUUUCCCAUACUUUACGUUAUAAUACAUAGAAUAGGAGAGCUCGCAUACAGUAAGUGCCCACCGGGCGGCGAUGAAGAAGAGGGGGAAAAAGCAAGAUAUGCUCCAUGUUCAAGAAACUCCGCCAAGGUUUAACAAUCCUCUAGAAUGGAAAUAGCUCAAAUAAGAAUUAAGAAUACAAAAUGUAACAAUAUCCUUCGAUAAAAAAACGAUACAGCCUGAUUUUAGGCGAUUACAUAUUAAAUGGAGGUUUCCAUGUUAAAUUGAAAUUGGGCAUUCUGAGUCAAAUCCAAAUUAAACCUGGUUUGAUCCUGCAUAAUCUUCCAAUUUUAUUCAAAUCAAUUAAGAGUUGAACAGAUAUAAGACACUCCAUGUUAAAUUGAAAUUGCGCAAUCUGAAAAUAUGAAGCGGAUCCGGAUUAAACCUGGUUUGUCAUUACAAACCUUGAUCCUGCAAAAACAUCAAAUUUCAUUGAAAUCUCAACAUUUUACAGAUAUAAUCAACUCAGCGUAGACAUGUACAAUGUCAUUCAAAUUUGAUAUUUUGACAAAAAUAUAAACACCUGAUCAUUUUAAAUAGUGUUAUCUGGAAUAGAUCCAGAUUAAAUAUGGUUUUACAAAAAUAUAAACACCUAACUUUGUUAAAUGGGAUCACCUGGAUGGGAUCCAGAUUGAUAUACAUUUGAAAUCAUGUGUAAAGCCAGUAUGAACAUGUACAAUUUUGUUCAAAUUGGAUACGAUUUGACGGAAAGACAAACCCCAAAGGUGAAUGGAAUGAUCUGGAUUGGAUGCAGAUUAAAACAGGUUCGACAUUAUAUAUUUAAACCCUGCAUCCCGUUUUGUUCAAAUUGACUACAAUUUGACAGAACUAUAAACCCCUGACCAUGUUAAAUGGGAUUAUUUGGAUCAGAUCCAGAUUGACACAGGUUUGACAUGUUUCAAGCCUGUAUGAAUGUGUACAAUUUCCUUCAAUUGUUGACAGCUAUACUGCCAACGCUUGACCAUGUUGAGCGGGAUUUUCUAGAUCAAGAUUAAAAUGGGUUUCACAUCAUAUGUUUCAAGCCUGCAUUAAUGUACAAUUUCAUUCAGAUUUUAUACUAUUUGACAAGGUAUAAACACCUGUGGGAUUUUCAAAAUUAAGUUUAAAUUAGCGUAAAUGCACCACCAGGAUCAGAUCCAGAUUUAAUUUGAGUUUACAUAUUGAUAGCAAAAUGUGGUUCGAUUUUUGAUCAUAUUCUAUGAUGUCAGGAAAUAACUACCCAUUCAUUAAAAAUCCAUGUUGAUGUAUUAAAAACUGCCUCCAAGAAAUUAUACACAAAGAAACCUGAAGCACAGUAUUUUCCUAAAUUUGUUCUUUUGCGCCAUCAAGACGUUUGUGUACCGUUGUGCUCACGAGUUAGCAAUUUCUCAAUUUCCCAGAAAGCUUCAGUGACGAGAGCUCAUGCCAGCCAGCGAGUCACUUGCUUCAUACGCAUCAAGUCAUGUCCAUAGGUAACAAAUCAGAGAGAGAAAAAGCUGCCUCAAUGGGUGUCUUUAAUGUGGCCGAGCUGUUAAUACCUUUCGCCGCUAACACUUCCAACGCCAAUAACAGGAAAUGUGGACGCCAGCUAGCCGGCCUGUGGGUCACUCAACUCCACCCAGUGCUGCUUCACGCGUCACAUAGUAGCGGCUCACACUUUUUAUCCCGCAUGCAGCACAUAUGGAGGACGUGUGUGUAGCCUCGACUUAAAAAAACAAAACCAAAAAAAAACUUAUUCUAACUUGGUCGUCAGCCAUCGUGCCUUAAAGGGACAGGAGCAAAGAUUCCCCCAUCACGCACAGCACUAAUCAAAUCGUUCAUGCUUUUCGUAUAUUGUUUAUAUCUAUAUAUAUAUUUUUGGGUCUCAUAUUUAAAAUAUAUUUUUUGAAAUACGUAUCUUGUAUCGAAUGUUUGUACCCGGAAGAGCAACAAGUUAUAUUGUGGAAUAAAAUGAUUUCCAAAGAA